GCAUGUGUAUGUCCGUUUUAUAUUGCUCUUCAACCAGUUGUAUGACCACCUUGAUCAAAACAUGGGCGUUAAUUGCACCAAUCUGAUCUCAUGGCAAUGGAAACGAGUUUAUAUAAAACAUUAAAAAAAAGAAGUAGAAGUAUUACAGUAGACGUCCUGACACUACUGGUUGGAUGUAUUUUGACUGAGAUAAUUAAUACCAAUGUGUCAACAAUUACUUUUUAAGAUAAUGUAAAUACUGUACCCUGAAACUCAAAUGGAACGUUCCUUUAUAAUCGUCAAGUAGUGUGUUAACACAGUUCACAAAUUUUACGAUAGAAGCAGCAGUAAAUGAAAAACUUUGAAAAAGGACUUACUGGGGGAAAUUCAAAUAAGGUGAACUUAACGACAGCAAGAACACUUAAUUGAAGGCAGGACAACAGUCUCCUAGAUGUUAUACUAAUAACCUAUGCAGAGAUUCAGACACAACUCUCAGGUAGAAACCAUUGUACCUACACAUCUAUCGAGGACACUUACCAAUAAUAGGCUUAAAGUUGUGAUUAGCAUUAUGGGCUGUCUCGAAAGCAAGGCGAAUGCAGACGACACAAAGCUAGAGAUCCCGCGCAGAUUAAACUCGAAGCAUCGGAAUGGUUCUGUGAGAUCGAAACACGAUUUUGGAGCACAAAUUGGGACUCCGUUUUCAAAGAAACGGGCACAGGAAAAUGGAAAAGUUAAUUCUGAUCAUGAGCAUGAGGACGAUAUUAAUGAAAAUUUAAUUAUACGGGAAAAUGAACUUAAACCUGAACCUUCAACGGGUGCUGAUGACCAGGAAGAGGUGCAAGACAAAUUGGAGACCAUUGAGAUCACCAUAAGUGAUCGUAACGACGAUGAUGGCAAUGACGACGUUGAACAACCAACCGACGUUACAGAUGGACGUUUGUUUGCAGAGAAUGUGGUAGAAGAAAAGACAGAUGCUUACGGGGAGUCAGAAAGUGUGGAGACGUCAAAUGAAUCGCCGAUCACAUUGCAACAGAAAUGGUUACUUCAGGACUCGUGGCGUUAUAUUGAAAAAGACCUUCUAGAAUUUGGAAUGAUCUUCUUUGUAAGGCUUCUGGAGCAGAAUCCAGGACUAAAGAAUUUGUGGUCUUUCGGUAAAAUGAACUAUCCAACGGAGGCAGAACUUCGAAACGAUACAGCGUUUCAGGAUCAUUCUCUGCGGGUGAUGGAAAUGAUCGGUAGUGCUAUUGGUGGCCUAGAGGAUAUAGAACUACUUAUUCCGGUUUUAUCAGAUCUUGGCCAAAGGCACCGCAUGUAUGGAGCUAAGCCGGAACACUUUAAGGCUGUCCACGAGGCAUUAAUAUACUCGUAUCAGAAAGGACUAGAUCAACGGGUAUGGACAGCUGAUGUUAGAGAUGCCUGGGACCGCAUCAUCCAAACGGUAGGAGCAGCGAUGUCAGCCGAACUAACCGAUUAAUUCCCAAAGAUAUAAGUUACGAUUGGGGCUAUCACCGACGCAUAAAAACCACAAAAUCACGAAAACGUCAGUUUAUUUAUCUUGGGAGCAAUUGUUGAUGGUCGAGGUGUGAUUCUCAUAGCGUUUGGGAAACACUAUUUACGUCAGCCUGUCCUCACCUAAUGCCUUUUGUUGACUGAAAAGUCGUCCAUGAAAACACGAAUCGUGGGGAAUUGCCUCCUGAGGCCACCAAAAACUAAAUACAAGACGAUUUUCGCUUAUUUGCUCCGUACUUUUUACAGCACCGUCCAAAUUCAACUAUAGCAUUGCCUUUCGCUGCGAAUAAAUUUUCCCCCACUAUACGAGGGCGUAUCAAAUAUAUGAAGGAGUGAAUGUCACAAGUUCGAAUUCCACCUGUACUUUUUUUUUUACUUAAGGAACUUUUCAUCGAUUGUAAAGUAAUUUUAUUAUGAUAUACAUAUAUAAAUUAUAUGUAUAUAGAAAUCAUAUAUUCAUUUCCUCAUAAAGGUAGCCUAUUUUAUUCAAAAUAAUUGCAUUUGCACUAAAAACCGAAUUGUUCCAAUUUUACAGAAAAAAUGGACAUCAAAAGCAUGAGAAUAUAAUUUAUAUGUAUACAUUUGUUUUCAGAAUAACGUAUUGUCCAUAUUUUAUAGGUCUGUACGCCUACCUCAAGAUUAGAUGUAUAUUUAAGCAUUCUAUUUCAUAUAUUUAUAUACUUUCAAAACCUUAAAAAAAAAGAUGGUUUGAAUUUAAAAAAAAAAAUAUUUAUACAAUUCUCUAUUUUAUUGAAGCUCACUGUAUUUUGAUGGGUGCCUACUGUAGUUAUAGAUGUUAUUUGUGGAAUGUAAUCCGUUAAUAUUUGUUGAAAUAUGCGAUAUAUCAUGGUGACACCUCAUAACAAUUAUAUCUAAUGUUGAAACGGAAUGUAAACAGUCAUGGUCGCCUGUGGUCGUAACAAGAACCCAACGAGUGUUCUAAAUAAACGAUAUCCAUGUGACGAUAAUUAAAAUACUGUAAAUUUUCUUGACCACUUUUAUGAAUACUGAAUACCACUGUGUUUGUCGCCCUCAGUAGGCAGUGAGUUAAUAAACUUGCAUAUACAUCAGUAUACUUGCUAGCUCUUCAUCAAGGGCGUAAUUAUAUUAAAAUUAAUUCGUUAUAAAAUUCCGUGAAAUUAUAUGAUAAUUAAUUCGCUAUCGAAUUCAGUGAAUUAUACCUAUGAUAAAUCAUAAUCGACUUACGAUAUUUUGUGUAAAUAAAACUCAUGAUUAGUUCACUGUGAAAA